AUGGACAUAUGCAGCUACAUGUACUCUUCUCUGAACUCCUCUCUGACCAAUAAGACUUUGUACGCCAAAUGUGCAGACACACCAGCAGCCAUUAUCUUUUACCUGGUGAUGCAGUUUCUCAACAUGUUGCUGGGCAUCCCAGCCAACGUAAUGGUUCUGUGGCUCAUUCAGAAGAAGAGACGUGAUUCCUCUACAUCAGACAUCUUCAUCGUCCAUCUUGCUGUGCUAGACAUUUUCUACUGUCUUAUUCCUCCUCUGGAAUUUGCAAGCAUUGUCUAUUUGACCACCAGCAGCAACUGGUAUGUCGUGCGUUUCUUCUACGGGCUCAAAGAUUUUUCACCUCUCUUCUUGUCAUGUAUCUGUUUAGAUAGAUAUAUGGCUGUGGUCCAUCCCAUUUUUUUCACCAAACUAAUGAACACAAGGCGACGGUCUGUUUGCGUUGGUGUUACAUGGUUUGUGAUUUUGGUCUAUGCUGCAGCGAAGUGUGUAAAAAAAAUUCCACAUUUUGAGAAAGUCUUCACCGUCAUGAUCCUCGCCGUAUUCAUCUUCAUGGUGUUCUGUAACAUCUCGAUUCUUUGGGCCCUGAGACAGUCGGCUUCAGGACGAGACGAGAGACACCGUAUCAAGAAAAGGGCCUUCAAGAUUGUGGUCAUCAUUCUGGCGAUCAUUGUCUUUAACUACUUCCCACCUGUGGCUCUCUUUCCAUUCAAGGACUUUUUUUCUCCAAACAUCUUCUGCUGCUACAUACACCAUAUCGCCUUUGCAUUCAUGGACUUCAGUAGUACCAUCCAGCCGAUUUUAUAUCUGUCCCAAGUGCUAGCGGCUCCAGCAGCAGCUCCGAGGUGCUGCUAUAGCUGCAUGGAGAACGACAGUGAACAUGCUAAUGCUAAUUUUUCUGCAACUGUCUGA